CCUGGCAGGCCUUCUCGGGGGUGCAGAGCAGCCGCCGCGGGGAGCCCCGGGAGCCGAGCGUCCCGCGCGCCCCAGCCCGCCUCCCGCCCCCGCUGAUCCCGUUUUCCGCCUGGCCCCGGCCUGGAAGCGGCUCGGGACUCGCUCGCCGGGUGCAGGGGGCGGAGAGGCGGGCAGGCCCGGCUCCAGCCCCUUCCGCUCCCGCCCUGGAAGCGCCCUGCAAGCGCCAGCCCGGGCCUGCUCGGCCCUGCCCAAACGCGCAAGUGGGGCGCAGCGUUUGCGCAGCGCCCGCGGGACGGGCCCGCCCGGGUACCAGCCCCGCGCCCGGCCUGGAGGGAGGGUCCGGCGUGCGCCCCCGGGAUGGAGGGGCUCCCUGUGGCCCUCAGUCCUGACAGCCGCCUGUAGGACGCUACACGCCAACCCAUGGAGGCCAGCUCAGCUGAGCCGACUCUCGGCCCCGACCCCCAGCCUGGUCCCCGCUCCCGGCUCUGCUCUUCGGAGGACAAGACGCCCGGUCCAGUGGCCGCCCGGCACCCCAGGACGGGGGACAGGCAGCCCCAGGGCCCCGAGGUUGCAGCACGGACCGAGCCCGCCUCCCGCCCACGGACGCCCCCCAGGAAACCCCGAAGGACGCCCCUGCCGCCGCCGGAGCCUUUCCGGCCGGACACCAUGGGAGGCCUCGCUGCCCAGGACGGCCGGCUGGACGGUAGUGACCACAAGGGGGACGGGGCCCGGCGCGGGGGCCCCCGGCGGCCCUGGCUGCCCGCCGCCUCGGGGCUUGAGAGCUGGCACCGGCCGUGCCCGCCGCCUGGGGGCGCCACUGGCAGGAAGAGGACAGAGCUGCGAGAAGAUGUCGGGGCCAGCGCUGGACCUCGGGGCCACACGCCCCCCAGGGCGGGCCACCUGACCCCCCGCCGGGACAGCCCCUCUCCGACCCCCGGGGACCACUGGGGGCCCAGGCUCGCCCACUCUGGGGGGCCGCCGGGCGCGGGGGCCGGUCCCCGGUCCCUCUCCGAGCAGGUGGAGAAGAACCGUCUGUUCCUGAGAGAGAUGCUGAGAGGCAGGGGGGCGGCCCCCCUGAACCCGGGACCCCCGGGCGGCGACAGGCGGCCGGCGGGGGACGUGGAUGGGGCCUUGGACCGGACCAGCAGGGCCUCUGGGUGCCCCCCGGAGCAGCCCCCACACAGGCCGGGACAGGACAAGCAGCCGCCACCACCUGCCCGCGUGAAGGCCCGGACACAGCCCCUCCGCGCCAGCCACGACAUCGUGCCCACGCGGGCCCCGGACAGCCGGAGCCUCACCCCUGCGCCACCGCCCAGCCCUCAGGAGCAGGAGGCCGCUGACCCGCCCUGGGCCCCCUCAGCAAGGCCCGUGCCCGACCCGCCACCCGCCGCCUGCCCGCUCCUGCCCACCAGCUGUAAGAACAGGCGGCCUGGGGGCAGGACCGAGCCGGACCCCCACGGCCCGAAGCCCCCACUGGCCCCCGAGGGUCCCGGUCAUGGGCCGGGGUGCGGCCAGGACGCAGGCGGGGACCCCCGGCAGGCGGGGUCCGCCCCCGGACAGCCCCCGGCGCCCCGACGGGCGCCGGGGGACCCCGCAGGGCCCAGCCCGCCCGCCGCGGCGCCCUGGGACCCCGGCCCGAGAAGCGGCGGCCGCGGGGGCUUCGCCCCGGGCCGGCGGCUGAAGAAGAUCUUCUCGGCGCUGGGCCAGGCCGCCCGGCCCCUGGCGGCUCGGACCCGCAGCCACAGCGAGGAGCAGCUGCGGCCCCCCGCGCCCGGCCCCGGCGCCCCCGCCGCCAGGAGGGCCCCGUCGCUGCAGCUCCUGCACCUGGUGUCGAGCUCGCCCCAGCGCGGGAAGUCCACCUCCUUCCACAGCCUCCAGGCCCUGCUGAGCGGCCGCCGGGACCGGGCCAGCCUCUACCUGGUCCAGGAGCCGGCGGGGGACGGAGCCGCGGGCAGGCCGCCACGGCCUGCUCUCAGCGUGGAGGACGUGGGGGCGCCCCGCCGGGCGCGCGCGGUGGGCCGCGUGGUGGCCGCCUUCCCGGACGGCACCAGCCAGCUGCAGCUGCAGUGCAGCCCCGGGGGUGGCUUCGGCUUCUGCGUAGCCGCGGGCAGCGGGCGCCGGGACUCAGGGCUGUACGUGCGGGCGAUGGCCGACGUGGGCACGGCCAAGCUGUACUCGGGGCUGCUGGCCGAGGGGGACGAGGUCCUGGAGGUGGACGGGGCCAAGGUGGCGGCGCUGGGCGCGGCCCACGUGCAGGAGCUGCUGGCACACGCCGACAGCAUGUCCCUGCGGGUGCUGAGGCAGAGGCCGGCGCCGCGCUGACCGCCAGCCCAGCGGAGGCCGGGAGGACCGAGGGGGCCGGCUGCAGUGACCGUCGGCCCUGGGGGGGGGCCAGGGGUCCCUGGGCGCAGGCCCCAGCCCUGGCCUUCCCGCAGGCCCCUUCCCUUCCCGCAAGCCCCGCCCCUUGGCCUUCCCGCACGCCCCGCCCCUUCCCUAUCCUUCCCGCAGGCCCCGCCCCUUCCCUGGCCUUCCCACAAGCCCCGCCUCUCCCCUGGCCUUCCCACAAGCCCCGCCCCUUCCCUGGCCUUCCCGCAAGCCCCGCCCCUCCCGGGGGCCGUUAUUGGGAAUUUGGGGGGAUGUGAAAGGAGGGACUGAGACCCCGAUGGGCGGCUGGGCGCCGGGACGGGCCCCGGGGUGGGGUAGGAGACGGGCCAGCGCAGACCACCCCCCCGCCCCCAGUGGGGCGCGGGUGGCAGCUGGCUCAGCUCUGCCCAGCGCCCAGGGGCAGGGCUGGGCCCCCCCCCCCCCCCAAACCGGCCGGUCGUGCUAAAUGAUUAAAGCCAAACUGGAGUGUCUGUCCUGACUACUAUUUUUUUGCUUUUUGGGUCACACCCGGCGAUGCUCAGGGCUGACUCCCGGCUCUGCACUCAGGAAUUACUCCUGGAGGUGCUCAGGGGACCCUAUGGGAUGCUGGGAAUUGAACCCGGGUCGGCCAUGUGCAAGGCCAGCGCCCUACCCGCUGUGCUAUCGCUCCAGCCCCUGUCCUGGCUUCUUAGAGGGGCUGGACACCGGCCGUGUGGGGCCCAGGGCCAGGCUGACCGCCAGGGCUGGAGGCGCAGAAGCUUCCAGAAGCCGCCCUUGGGCCAGAGGGGGAGCCCCGGCAGUGUGGGGGCAGCGGGGUCCUGGGGACAGGACACGGGGACUGUUUCAGAGCCAAGAGGCCACGAACGUGGGCACUGAGGCCGCUCUGGUGUGGCCACGGCGGGGCGGCCGUGAACUGUGACAGGACAUGCGUGUGACGGGCCCCUGGUGUGAGACUGACCAGGGUGUGGUUCCUGUACGGGCGCGGGGAGGUGAAUGGGUCCGUGUUAGUCGGGGGUCGGGAUGAUCUGGGCAUUAGGGCCGGAGCGAGAGCACAGUGGGGAGGGCGUUGA